AAGAUGACGAGGCCAGCGCGCGUUUCUUCCCGCCUUCGGUCCGUCAGAGGGUGGGUUAGGACCCGCCCGUACCCUGGGUUGGUCCGGCCGCGCCCCUCAGCGGGGCAGUAGGGGUCCGCUUCCCGCCAACGAGACUGGGCCGCGGCCCGGCCCACUCAGGCCUCCCCGUGGAGGCUCAUGGGGAAAGCGCAUUUCUGAACGCUCCGGAAAGACUAAAAUAAUAAAAAGACUAAUGUUUAGGUAUCCUGAUAAUAGUAUCUGAAAGGGAUUUGCUCAGUCCAUGGUUUGGAUCUUCAUUUCCUCACGGGACUAGGGAGAUAAACAAGAUGGAGUUCUGGGGCGCGGUGGGGCGAGCUCAGGAUUCGUAAUACAGAACCCGUUCCGUGGCGUCGGCAUAAAAUGGGACUGUAGUAGAGACUUGGGAAAACACGGAGACUGGGUGGUGUGAACUGGUGCAGGUGUGAGGGGCCACGGCGGCCACCGUGCUGAAUGUAAAAAUUGGACGCUGUCACGCCGGCAGUGCGGCCCUGUCUGCCUUGGCACGCUUUGCCGUUGGGCGUCUCCUCCCAGUUCCUCAGUGUGGCUCAUCUAGAGGCCUCUAUGCACUUUUCCCUUGGUGCCCACCUGCCCGGCUGCCACGCAUUACGUCAUCAUGGAGAUUACACCCCAGUGACCACCUCGCAGUGACAGCAUGACCUCCUGGAACUCGUGCUUGCUUGCUUUAAACUCACCAGGUAAAAAACCCCGCAGGACAUCUGUGUAUGGAUGAUGUCCUGGACUCAACAGCCACCUUGGCCCAUGAACUUGCUGCUCUGUCCCUGCCUGUGCCCUCUGAAUGGUCUCCAGGUGUGCUCUGUGCCACUUCCCACUGCAGGACCUGUUUUUUCUGCAAUACAAUGGAUACAGUUUGUCAUGGCUACUCUGAGAAAAGACCACUCUUUUAUCUGAGCUUCUCUGACUUGCUCCUGGGAAUUUGCUGGCUCACUGAGGCACUUCUCUAUGGAACUCCAGUGGCCAAUAAAGAUGUCAUCUGCUAUAAUCUGCAAGCAGUUGGACAGAUACUCUACAUUUCCUCAAUUCUCUACACCAUCAAUUACAUCUGGUAUCUGUACACAGAGCUGAGGAUGAAACAUAACGAGAGUGGACAGAGCACAUCUCCGCUGAUGAUAAAUUAUACAUGUCAACUUGGUCAAAUAGCCUUCAUUUUGUCAAGCCUGAUACCUCUACUAUUAAUGACACCUGUAUUCUGUCUGGGCAAUGCCAGUGAAUGUUUCCACAACUUCAGCCAGAGCCACAGGUGUAUCCUUCUGCACUCACCACCAUCAACUAUGGCUGAAUUCCUGAAUUCGAUCAACACGUCUGUCUGCAGCAUACUUUAUUUUUAUGGCAUCACCAUUUUCCUGGCUAGCUUUCUACUCAGCCUUCUCACCAUUAUGGUCUUAUUUAUCCAAGCCCGGACACUGUGUAAGAAGUUUGUGAAAUCAGCUGACUUUCUGGGGAAUGAACAGUGGGCAGUGAUUCACACUGUGGAGCAGCGUGUGCACUUCUACCCAGUCACCUUCUUUUUCUGCCGGGGCCCAGCUGUCAUUCUGAUGAUCGUUAAGCUGACCAAGCCACAGUAUACCAAGCUUCAGAUGGCCCUCUACGUUCUCCAGGCACUAACAGCGACUUCCCAGGGUCUGCUCAACUGUGGAGUGUAUGGCUGGACACAGCACAAGUUCUACCAACUAAAGCAAGAGGCCCGACGUGACGUAGACACCCAAACACCAUUAUUAUGCUCACAGAAGAGAAUCUAUAGCAGAGGCCUAGAUCCAUUGGGAUCUACCCUUGCUUUUGCUACCAGCACUUCCACCAUUCUUUGAAAGUACAGUACUGGGACAACCAGGAACUAGCGUUAUUCCAAUCUAAUAGACUUGGAAAGAUAUUGUGGAACCACAUCUUAAGGCUUUUCUAACCAUGCCCUAAACUAUAGAACUGAAAAGGAAUAUAGUGCCAGAGUUAAAUUUUCUGGGUAAACUGAGCAGGAUUUCUCCAGUCAUUCCCAGAUUCACUAAUGAUUCUUAAAGUUAUCUC